AUGCACUGCAGAGCAGGUCUAGGUGGCGCUGAGAGGGUCUGGGUGGCACUAGGCGGUUCUGGGCGGUCUGGACGGCGAUGGGAGGGUCUGGGCGACGCUGGGAGGGCCUGGGCGGCUCUAGGAGGGUUCGUACACUUAAGUUCUGCAGGAGUUACCCGACCUGACAGGCCUGGACUUGAUCUAAGUAAACAACCUCCUGCUGUUCGCUUAAACAAGGAAUUGGAUUUUAUACUGACAUUCAAGUUGAAGCUCUUUCGAUUUUGUACAUUGAUAAGUUUUGGAGAUGGGGGAGGACUUAAUACGGGAAAUGGAAUACCAUAUACAAUUGUGAGGCCUUGUGCAUUAACUGAGGAGCCUGCCGGAACAGAUCUCAUUUUCAACCAGGGAGACAAUAUAACGGGUAAGAUAUCAAGAGAGGAGGUUGCUCAGAUUUGUGUUGCUGUUGUAGUGCUUAAUGGAACUGCUUGA